GCAGUCGGCUACUUGAUAUUCGAUACCUGGUAGCUGCGCUCCGCCGUCGCUCAUCCGCCCCGUUGGCCCGGUACGAGAAGCACGCACAGAACGCUGCGAAAGUGCGCCAACUUUCAUUCAAAGUGAACUGAAUUUGAAAGUGCGGAAGGAUAGGCGUUGUCUGGCCUCUUUGGAGGUCCUGCUGGCGCCACCGAACUACCUUGAGAAGCGUGAAAUGAGCCUGCACACAUAAAUUGCAAUUAAACAAGGACAAAGACAUUGAAGAACACAAGGAGAAACCCAGUAAAAUAUCCCAACCAUCUGCAAUAGCAACAAAUAGCCCGUUGAAACUUUGCUGGCCAGCGAGCCAAGUAGCCAAACAUAAAUAAAGAGCGCGCACAUUUAUUUAUUACUUGGCCCGAACUUUUCGCAAAAUGCCAGCGGGUCGAGUGGCUGGCAAGGCCGGCUACUCCAAUCACUACUACAAUGGACGCUCCUACGUGGGCAUCAACGAGGAGAUCAUGUGGGUGAGCAUCGGCAUGGGCGUGACCAUAGUGCUCCUGAUCACGAUCGCCUUGUGCUACAUUGCGCGCGAGAAGUGCCAGAAGAGGCAGCGGGAGUACUACGUGACCGCAUAGUUGUUGUACGCGGCCUGCCAAACG